UGACAAAAUCGAAUCAAAACAAUUAUGUAGUUUCUGGCGGGAAAUUAGUUUUGCUCUCCCGAGCAUCAGUGGAAAAUUUCUUGACUUUCGAGAUCGAUUAAAUGUUAUCAAAGUUGUUAUCCGUUCAAAAACAUUGAGUUCAUGUUAUAAAGUAGAAAUCUGGCAAUGGAAGAAGCUUUGUACCCUAGCUCUCGAAACAGUUUGGCGACUGUUUCGCCGCUGGAUUAUAAUUCAGACUCGGAGUUAAAUGCACAUGACACUCUCCGAAUGGAAGAAUCCGAGGACGAGGAAGAAUCGAAGGCUAGUGAGAAAGAACCCGAAUCAGUGGUAGAAGUAGAAGGGACGAACUCAUGUAAUUCGAAUGAAACGAAUUCCCAUGAGCCUAGAAUGGUCGACAGCAAAUCGGAUGAAGAUACUAAACCAGAAACUACGAAAGAUGCUAUUGUGAAAGAACCUGAAAAACAUCUCUCUAUUGAUAUUGCAGUAGAAGUAGAAGGGACAAAUUCAUUAAACUUUAAUGAAAAGAAUCCUCAAGUAUCCAGAAUAAUCGACAGCGAAUCGGACGAAGAUGCGCCUACAACUAGACGAAUAAUAAAAUUGAAAAAAUCCAAACUUAUUGAUAGUGAUUCUGAUGAGAAAGAUACCACUGAAAUCAACCAACCAGUGUCUGAUUUCGAGAAAAACUCAUUGGCGAAUGUAAACCUAGAAAUCGAUGAAACUGGUGCAAUGAUUAAUCAGUCGAUGAGCAGACUCAAAUCGUUGAUAGAUUCGGAAUCGAGCAGUCCGGAAGAAGCUAAGCAACAGAAUGUGUCACCCAUUAAAGGAAAAUCGCGGAAAAAGAAACUAAAAUCGAAAAAACAUCGGGAUGCAUGCAGAAAACCUAAGAACUCAAAUGAUUUGUUGGCUAGCCUUAACCUUGACUUUAGCGACGAUGAAGAUACUGCAAAGCCUAGAUCAGGUUCGAACAGCAGCGACGAUAGUGAUUCGCUUAGCGAUAGUAAAGAAGAUGUCUCGCGGAGAAAAAAUAACCAAUCUCCUCAGAAUAAACCCCAACGGAUGUCAGCUAAAACAGCUAUGGAGCAAAUGAGAGUAAUUCAAAGCGAAUCGCAGCGCAUGGCUCGGGAAACAAUCGUGUCCGUUCCGUACCAUCGUCCGAAGCAACAUACAUUACAAGAGUUUUUAAGUAGACGCACCAUACAGAGGUCUAUACACGCUGGCAAUACCAACAAUACAAAACAUAAAACAACGGCUGCCGCUAUUAGAAUGACUCGUGAAGAAUUAGAAGUCUUCGCAAAACAGCUUGAAGAACGUGAAAAGGAAGCUAUCGAGUUUUACAAGAGUGAAACUCCUGAAGAAGCUGAAAACAUAAUUGAAGGCAACAUGGAAAUGCUUCCCAAUCCAGUUCCGGUAGAAGAGACUACGAAUGAACUUGCUACCGCAGAUCAGAAGAAUCCUGCCAGUUUGUCAGUACGUACGGAUUCUGAACAUACCCCCAAUUCUGCUAUCAAUUUAGAUACAGAACCAAUCGGUACUCUUCGUGUCAGCGAUACUGAGGAUGAUGAAGUUGAUGCAUUAGUUAACAAAACGUGUGAGAACGCUGAGAAAAUGCUGGCAUCCCAAAUAGACUCGAAAAUACCCGAAGCGGGGAACGAUUCAAAACAAACGAUUGAUUAUGAAAUUUUCUCCGAUCAGAAUCAAUCAAAAUUAGCACAGCGAAAGGCUGAACUACUGGCAGCAGAUACCAGCAUACCACUAUUCCCCACGCUACGUGGUGAUGCGGGCAUGGAAAUCGACCUAGAAUCGGGCGAUCUUCUUCCAAAAACUCCAACCGGAGUCAGUAUCCUGUUCGAGCGUUUCGCUAAAUGUGCUGGCGGUAAAAAAGCAAGCAAAGCAACGUCCACUGUAAAUAUUCUCAGCACUGACAAUGGGGCGCUGAAAAUGGAUUUCAUUUCAAUGCCAAUCAACUUGGACGAUCGGGACCCAAAUGGAAAGGAGCCAGUACCGGGUGCUGCCUUUCUUAAGUUGAAGCAAACUCUGCGUGAGAAGAUUGUACAAAUACGAAGAGAAACAAUGCUCAAGCGACAAGAAGAAAUGCAGAAAUGUAAAAAAUUGGAUGAGGACGAUGAAGCAGACGAUGAGGAAAAGGCGUUUGAGGAUCCAGAUGAAAGCGAGUUGGAAGGUGAAGAAGAUGAGGAAACAACAGAAAUUGCUGCUGAUGAAGAGGAUCCCAAUGAUGAAGAAAGGUUGAUGAAUUCCCUCAUAGAUGAAGAAGCGGAGGACAAUGAUAACGAUGUCGAUGGAGAAAUAGAAGACGCACGGGAGGAUGACGAGUCUAGUGAAAGUAGCAGUAGCAGCGAAGAUGAAACAGCAACGGAAACUACGACUGUGGAUGAAAAAAAAAAGUCAAGAAUUCUAGUGGCCUUCGAGGAUUCGGAAGAUGAAGAUGUGAAAGAUUCCAAUCAGGCAUCCGAGAUGACAGAAUUGAACAAAAUUGAUACCGAGGAACUGUUCUCUGCGUUAGAAGAUUCGGAUAAAUUCACCGCCUCCGACCGAAAGAACCUAGAAUCUGGUGGCACUAUGGCUCUGCUCUGGAAAGACACCGAUGAUCCAGGGUCGGUGUCUCAAACAGAUGACGAUUUGGCAGCGCUCUGUUCAGGUCGAUUUGGCGAAACGCAAGCCCCGACGGUCAACGCUACUCAGGAUACCCGAUCUCUGAUUAACUCGCUGCCAGCCUUCGAUAAUGGUACACAAUCUGAGCAAUUUGAAGAGAAUAAAUUAAUGGGAGAUUCACUUUUCACGCAACGAAGUGAACAAGUGGUAGAUGAGAGUGAACUCGAAGCUCUUUGUUCGGGAACCUUUACCACGCAGGAUCAGCCUGUCAAUUUAAAGCAGCAUCCGCAAGAACCGCAAAGUGAGCUAGUUUCGAAUGUUAUCACCAAGGGAAAACUUGUGAUAGCAUCGUCUGAUGAAGAACAAACCAUCAAUGACUCACCGAAAACAACAAAACGCAAACGAAAGCACAGGAAUAAUAUCUCCGACGACGACAACGAUGAAACAUCUAAAAAAGAAAUGUUAGAAAAAGAGGAAGACGAAGAAGAAGUGGUAGAAGAGGAAGACGAAGAGGAAAAGGCUGAAUGUUUUGUAGAUUAUGAUUCAGAGGAGAAUGAGGUUGAGGUUGUUAUGACCAAAACAGACAAGCUCAAGGCGGCGAAUGCUUUCUUGGAAAACGAAGCUGAACUGUCAGAAUCGGAAUGGGGCAGCGCAGACGAGGAUGAAAAAGAUCUCGAUCGGUACGAUAUAGAUCUAGCAGAUACGGAGAACUUUGACCAGGCUAAACUGCAAGAAGAACUGGAACGCAUUCACGCUCGACGAAUGCUGGAACAGGACAAAAAAGAAGUUAAGGUGCUGCAGGAUAUGUUCUUCGAAGACGAGGAGAAUGAUGGUGUUGGCCGCGAAAGGCAAUUCCGAUGGCGGAAUGUAGAAACUACUUUCAAUUUAGACUAUGAUAAGAAACAACCGGAUGAGGAAAAUGCAGACGAGGAUGGUGCCUGUAACAACGAGGAAGAAGAGAUACAGUGGCGAAAGCUUCGCCAUGAGCGAGAGAUGUUGUUGAAAGAUAAGCAACAGGAUUUAGAAGAGGUUACUUUUACAACGACUUUGCUGGACAAAUCGAUUGAUGAAGAGAAAAACUGCUCGGUUUCUACUACCAACAUAACUUUACUGGGGUCCAAAUCAAAAGUAACAAUACUACGAGGGAAAAAAAGCAGUGAACCGAACACUCCAAAAGAUUCGCCCUUUCUUAUCAGCAAAACGGAUCCUGUACAGGGUAGUAAAGCAUCCUUCCUGUGCCGCGAUAGUGCAACACUCAGCAAACUGGCCAGUUUGGUUAAGGUUCCAGAGAUCGAAGGAGCGAACACAGUUAACGCAGGAAAGGGGCGGAACUUUGUUUUUGCUGCCGUUAGUCCCGCGAUGGACAAAAUGGGAUCAAAACGUUCCCUGGAAUUAGAAACCGAUGAAUCGUCACUGAACAAUAAGAAAAUUAAAACUGGUUUUACAAAAGAGGAAGGAGUUGCGAAAAAACGAUUACUGCUUGGACAGUUGAUGUAGCGGAAAUAUAGGUAUACAAUUCAAAGAAGCAUAUUUUGGAUAAUGUGAAUCAUUUUGUUUCAACGCAGCAGAAUUCGAACAUAUUUUGAUUCUUUUAUCAGGUUUGAAAGUUGCGAACUGCUUUAAAAUCUUUAGAUUAUCCAGAAAGUUAAUUCUUAUUAUUAGGGCAACGUUAUCACUCUAAUUCUUGAAUACUUAUUUUUUGCUGAGAUGAUAUUUUCACAAUUCACUAAUAUACACAAGAAACCAAGAUGGUUAAUUAAUAGGGCUUGAAUAGUUUUACAUAUCAAAAUUUCUAUCAAUCUGCAGAAGCAGAAAUCUGUGCUUGUGGUCAUAUAAUUGUGGAACAUGUAUGUAUUAGCUUCUGAUGCAAGGGUAAGCUUCUGAUCAAGGGUAUUCCAAUCCGCAAACUAAUUCUGAACUAAUGGUGUCAAAAAACUCAAUGUGCGAAUUGGCGAAAAUUGCAGUUAAAAAUAUUUAGAAAACAUAGAAAGUGAGCUGUGCUUGUAAAAAGAUUGUCUUUCUAAUAAAGCCUAUUAUGUUAGUGACAUAGCUGUAUAA